AGCAGAGCACACACAAUAAAUACAUCCACCCCCAAAUGCAAAUACAUCAGAAGAGGUUCCUGCCCCAGGGCUCGGAGGAGAGCAGGCUCAGGCAGGAGAGCAACAGGAUGAGGCUGCUUCUCUUGCUAGCUGCGCUUUACAGUGGAGUAACCGGCAGCAUCGUGCUGCAGAAAAUGUACGGGAGGAUCACAUCUCCUGACUUCCCAAAUCCCUACCCCAAUCACAAGGAGAGAAUCUGGAAUAUUACCGUCCCCAAGGGAUAUUCCAUCCGCAUCUACUUCACCCACUUCAACCUGGAGCUGUCCUACCUGUGUGAAUACGAUUAUGUGAAGCUGAGCUCUGGUGGGAGGACCUUGGCUACGCUGUGUGGAAAGGACAGCACAGACACUGAGGAGGCUCCGGGCAACAAGACAUACCUCUCCACUGAUAACACCCUCACGGUGGUGUUUCGGUCCGACUACUCCAAUGAGAAGCCUUUCACAGGCUUUGAGGCCUUCUAUGCUGCUGAAGAUGUUGAUGAGUGCAAACAGCUGUUUGAUGGUGAACCACUCUGCAAUCAUCACUGUCACAACUACGUGGGGGGCUACUAUUGCAGCUGUCGGAUCGGCUACACACUGCAUGAAAACAAAAGGACGUGCACAGCCCCAUGUCAGAACCAUUUUUUUACUGAAAGAACCGGAGAAAUCUCCAGCCCUGACUAUCCGGCACCUUAUCCCCCACUCAGCACCUGCAGCUACAACAUCCAGGUAGAAGAUGGCUUCCUGAUCAAUCUGGAAUUCGUGGAGACCUUUGAUGUGGAGACACACCCAGAGGUGUUGUGCCCCUAUGAUGUCCUUAAGAUUAAAACACCCAAAAAGCAAUUUGGCCCAUUCUGUGGGAAGACUUUGCCUGCAAAAAUUGAGACACAAACUAGUGCUGUGAAUGUUACUUUCAUAACCGAUGUCUCAGGAGCACAUGCUGGAUGGAAGAUGAAGUACACGGCAGCAGGUUUGCCGUGCCCCAGUCCUGAAGCACCACCUCAUGGUCACAUAGCACCAGUGCAAGCGCAGUACACUCAGGGCGACCGCUACGCUCUCUCUUGUGACAUCGGAUACGUGCUGCUUGAAAAUGAAAAUGUUGUGAUGUCUUUUAUAGCGGAAUGUCAAAAGAAUGCUUCUUGGAACAAACCAAUGGCAAAGUGCAUCAUUGUUGACUGUGGUCAGCCUGAGGAGAUGGACAACGGUGCCUUCACAUACCUUACAGGGCCUGAGAAUACCACCUACAAUGCUGAAAUUCAGUACCACUGUGAACCCCCCUUCUACAUCAUGAGGGCUAACAGUAACGGUAAAUAUAUAUGCAGUGACGAUGGAUUCUGGAAGAACUCCAAAGGAGAAAUAACACUGCCCGUCUGUGAACCAGUUUGUGGAAUGCGGAGAAGUGGAACCGUGGAACGUAUAUAUGGAGGAAGGAGAGCCAAGCCUGGAGAAUUUCCCUGGCAAGUGAUGUUAAUUACUGAGCAUGGAGGUUUAGGAGGUGGUUCGCUCCUGUACGACAGCUGGGUUUUAACAGCUGCUCACAUUGUAGUUGAGCAGAGAAACCCCUCAGCUUUGAGGAUUAAACUGGGGAUUUUGAACAGACGUUCAGAUCACUAUGAAGAAGCCUGGGCAGAAAAAAUUUUUAUUCAUGAAGGUUACAAAAAUGAUCCUGUUGAUUUUGACAAUGAUAUUGCAUUGAUUAAACUGAAACAUAAAGUCCAAAUCAGUACCAAUAUCACACCCAUUUGUUUACCAGGAAAAGAAGAAAGAUUUCAAAUGAAAGCAAAUUAUAUGGUAGCUGUAUCGGGUUGGGGAAGGACUGAGACUAGGAGCUCUUCUGUUGUACUGCUGUACACAGAGUUAAUAGUUAUCGAUCAGAAAGAGUGUACAGAUGCGUAUGCAAAUAAAUCAUUUAAUGGAAAACCUCUUGUGGUAACAGAAAACAUGCUGUGUGCUGGAGCUGAGGGAGGGGGCAGAGAUGCCUGUAGUGGGGACAGUGGAGGACCACUGGUGUUCUUAGAUGCUCAGACAAAAAAAUGGUUUGUUGUUGGCAUUGUGUCCUGGGCUUUAGACUGUGCUGUUUCAGGGCAGUAUGGGGUCUAUACACGAGUAACCAAUUACAUCCCUUGGAUUGAAAGCACUAUUUCAAAUAAUGCUUAAUAGACGGUUAUGUGAAGUCAUACCAGCUCUUCACUGUUACUUGGAUUACAGUACUAGCUAGAAUAUUUAAAUACUUGAAAAACACCACUAAACAUUUAAAUGUUUAACUUUGUUAUUGAGCAUAACUGUUGUUUAUACAUAAUAUAAAAACAAAUACUUGAGUAUCCAAACUAUUUUUAUUUUUGUAUUUUCUUA